AUGAAAAAUUUUAAAGCCAAAAUCAUAACAGCAAAACAAAAUGUUAUGGAAAAAACUGCAAAAAGAGAAAAUACUCUUGAACCAGAUGAGAUGAAAGAAUUAGAAAAGAAAACAACAGAAACAAAAGAUUUCCUCAGAAAAUUAACAAAAUCAGUUGAAAAGGAAACUUUAAGUUCUGGUGUAUCAAUUCAAGAUGGUACAGAAUUAGCUGAUAAUUUCCUUGAUUAUAGUGUUCAUGUUAGAGAUAAUCAGAGUGAUUUAGUUAUUCUUUCUGGUAUUUUAUCAAAAAUUGGUGAAUUUCAAGCUGGUUUUGAAGAUUUAAAAUCAAAACUUAAUUCAUCAUUAAUUAAUGAUGUUAGUGAUCCAUUAAAAUCAAUUAUUAAAACUGAAUUAAAACAAGCAAAAGAAUCAAAGAGAGAAUAUGAUAGAGUUAGAGUUGCAUUUGAUGCACAUUUAUCAGAGUUGGCAAAUUUAAGAAAACAAAAGAAUGUUAAACCACCAAAGAUUCAAGAGAGUGAAGAGGAAUGUGAAAGAUUACGUACAAAUUUUGAACGUGUUGGAAUUGAUACUACAUGUUUAUUACGUGAUACCAAUGUGAUCACAGAGUUUGAAACAGUUGAGAAACUUUGUGACUAUUUGGAUAGUUAUCAUACAUUCUUUCAAAAGGGAUACAGAUGGUUGGCACAAAUGAUACCGGAUAUCUACGAGUAUCGUCUAUACGUUGAGAAGAGAAAAGCAGAAUUGGAGAAAUCAAAAGUACGUAUUAGUAUGAUGGUUUCACCACAGAAACAACAAGCGGACUCCUUGUCAAAAACCAAAUGUUUUGGCGAGGAUCUUUCCGUACUUUUGAAUAGAGAAGGCUCAACAUUACCAUGGUUCAUCGUUAGGGCAUUCCAAGCCAUCAGAAAUCAUAUCGCAACAGAGGAGGGUUUAUUCCGUCUCUCUGGUACCAAGAGAAUCAUCUACGAAUAUAAACAAAAAAUCGACGAAGGUAAAGAAUACAAUCUCUCUGAGAUUUUGGAUAUCCAUGUGGUUUGUAAUCUUGUUAAAUUAUAUCUUAGAGAACUUCAACCUGAGCCAUUAUUAACCUAUAGUCGUUAUAAUGAGCUUAUCGACACAUGCAACAUUGAAGACCAAAAUCAAAGAGUCGAUAAGAUUUCAAAGAUUCUCUCCUCCCUACCAAAACAUUAUUACACAUUAUUACAUCAUUUAAUUCAUCUUUUAAGUCAAAUCGCAUCUCAACCAAAAUCAAAGAUGGGUCCUGCAAAUUUGGCUACUGUCAUUGGUCCAAACAUUUUAAUUUGUCAAACUGAUGUCGUUCUUGAAGAUAUUGCUUUGGGUAAUAUGGUCGUAACAACUAUCAUUCAAAAUUUCGAUAGAAUAUUUGGUGGUCCACCACUUUUACAACAAUCUGUACCUGAUACCUAUGUACCACCACCAAAUAAUACUCGUAAUAAUAGUGUUAAUAAUUUUAAUAAUGUACAACCAUCUUCUUUUUCUGCUUCAACCUCACGUUCUAUAAAUUUAAAUAAAUCUACAAAUAAUCCAAAUAUCAAUGAUGAUAAUAAUAAUAAUAAUAAUAUAAAUAAUUCCGAUGACGAACCAUAUGAUCCAAAUGCACCACCAAUUUAUUCUGGUGUACCAAUGAGAGGUAAUAUAAAACAUUCAGAUUCUUGUUCAACUUUAGGUGAUAGUUUUGAUGAAGGUGAUGCUGUAGAAUUAUCAGACUAA